GAUACUGGCUGUUAGACAACGAGCGUCUCUUCUGAUACAUUUUGUGGCAUUCCCUGUGGGGCUGUUUGCAAUAUGGCUCCGCGGUGUCAAACACUAGCAUUUGUCCUAUUGUUUUGCCAUGCACUCAGUAAUCCUGUUUUUCAGCCUUCCUUGGUAUUGGACAUGGCUAAAAUACUUCUUGAUAAUUACUGUUUCCCAGAGAACCUGGUUGGAAUGCAAGAGACCAUAGAACAGGCCAUCAAAAGCGGGGAGAUGCUGCAUGUCUCAGAUCCGUACAACUUAGCAAGUGUCUUCACUGCUGGGGUUCAAGGCUCAUUAAAUGACCCACGUCUGGUAAUUUCUUAUGAACCAUCACACCAUGAAGUGAAACAGGAAGAAGAAACAAUUCCUUCUCCAGAGCAGCUGCAAUACCUAGUGGAUCAUUCUAUAAAGUAUGAGCUUUUGCCUGGUAACAUUGGUUACCUUAGAAUUGACUGCAUCAUAGGUCAAGAUGUAGUACAGAAAAUUGGUCCCUUCCUGGUUAAUAAUAUAUGGAAGAAACUGAUGCCGAGUUCAGCUCUUAUCUUGGACUUUAGAUAUAGUACCCAAGGUAAGGUUUCCGGGAUUCCUUUUGUCGUGUCCUACUUGUGUGAGUGUGAGUCUGUCAUCCACAUUGAUACCAUUUAUAAUCGCCCAUCCAACACCACCAUGGAACUGAGGACAUUACCUGCAACAAUGGGUGAGCGUUAUGGAAAAGAUAAAGAUGUAGUGGUAUUAACAAGCAGACACACUCAGGGCAUAGCCGAGGAUGUGGCAUAUAUCCUUAAGCAUGUUAAUAGAGCAAUCAUUGUUGGAGAAAAAACAGCAGGAGGGUCACUGGAUAUACAGAAAAUAAGGAUUGGCCAGUCUGAUUUUUAUAUUACUGUUCCAGUGUCUCGGUCUAUUAGUCCACUAACUGGACAGAGCUGGGAGGUAGCUGGUGUUUUUCCUUGUGUGGUAGUGAAUGCAGAGGAUGCACUGAAUAAAGCUCUGGCUAUUCUGUCUGUUCGCUCAAAAAUUCCCAGUGUUCUUGAACAGCUUAAAGACAUUCUCAAAAAAAAAUAUGCUUUCUCUGACCGUGUUCCCGCUUUGAUAAAGCAUCUUUCAAACAUGGACUAUGCUCCAGUUAUAUCUGAGGAUGAUCUUGCUGCCAAGCUUAAUUAUGAACUCCAGUCUGUUACAGAUGACCCAAGACUGGUGCUGAAAGGUAGGACUGACACACCAGUUAUCCCACAGGAUUUCCCAGUGUUUGACAAUCUACCAGAUGAUGAAUCCUUUCUCCAAGGCUUGGUUAACACAGUCUUCAAAGUGAACAUCCUAACAGGGAAUAUUGGCUACCUACGUUUUGAUGAGUUUGCAGAUGCCUCUAUUCUAGCUAAAUUAGGACCUUACAUUGUAAACAAAGUAUGGGAUCCCAUCACCAUCACAGACAACCUCAUUAUAGAUUUGAGAUAUAACUCUGGAGGCCCAUCUGCAGCAGUCCCCGUGCUGCUUUCCUACUUUCAAGAACCAGAAACUAGGAUACGCCUGUUCACUUUGCAUGAUCAGUUGCUAAACUCAACCAAGGAGUUCUACAGCAUUCCUAAUCUGCUUGGAAAUCCAUAUGGCUCUAAAAGAGGAGUUUAUGUAUUAACAAGCCACCGAACUGCCACAGCUGCUGAGGAAUUUGCUUACCUCAUGCAAUCUUUAAGCAGAGCAACAAUCAUUGGUGAAAUAACCUCAGGAACCCUUAUGCAUUCCAAAUCAUUUAAUCUAGAAGGUACACAAUUGACUAUUACUGUGCCAAUAAUAAACUUUAUUGAUAACAAUGGUGAUUGCUGGCUUGGGGGUGGAGUAGUCCCAGAUGCUAUUGUCCUGGCUGAAGAAGCAUUAGACAAAGCUAAAGAAAUUAUUGCAUUUCACCCAGAUGUUGGUGCUUUGGUAGAAGGCACUGGUCGGCUACUUGAAGUCCAUUAUGCCAUUCCUGAGGUGGCUAACAAAGUCAGCAGCAUAAUUAAAAGUAAAUGGUCUGAAGGCGGAUACCGCUCAGUAGUGGAUCUAGAGUCUCUUGCAUCCCAGCUUACCUCUGAUAUGCAAGAUAUCUCAGGUGAUCACCGAUUGCACGUAUUCUACAGUGACAUAGAACCAGAGAUUUUGGAAGACCAGCCACCCAAAAUCCCCUCACCUGAAGAGCUCAGCUAUAUAAUUGAUGCUUUAUUUAAGAUUGACGUCCUUCCAGGAAAUAUUGGAUAUUUGCGAUUUGAUAUGAUGGCUGAUUCAGAAAUCAUAAAAGCUAUUGGUCCUCAGCUUGUGAGUAUGGUCUGGAACAAGCUGGUGGACACAAGUUUCUUAAUAAUUGACAUGCGAUUUAAUACAGGAGGUUACUCCAAUGCUAUACCUAUAUUCUGCUCAUACUUCUUUGAGCCAGAACCUCUCCAACAUCUGUAUACUGUAUAUGACCGUAGCACUUCCAAAGGCACUGAGAUAUGGACAUUGCCCGUGGUGGCUGGUCAAAGAUAUGGUUCCACUAAGGACAUAUAUGUACUUACUAGUCAUAUGACAGGAUCUGCAGCUGAAGCCUUUACAAGGUCUAUGAAGGAUUUAAACAGAGCUACCAUCAUUGGGGAGCCAACAGGAGGUGUUUCACUGUCUGUGGGCAUGUACAGAGUGGAGGACAGCCAUCUUUAUGUGUCAAUCCCUAACCAAGUGGUAAUCAGCUCAGUGACCGGAAAAGUAUGGAGUGUAUCUGGAGUUGAACCUCACAUCAUCAUCCAAGCCAAUGAGGCCAUGAAUGUUGCCCACCGUAUUAUCAAUCUCCGCUCUAAAAUUCCCUCUAUUAUUCAGACAGCAGGAAAGCUGGUAGCAGAUAACUAUGCAUUUGCAGAAACAGGAGCUGAGGUAGCAUCCAAACUUCUGUCUCUGGUGGAGAAGAAGGACUACAAAAUGAUAAAAUCUGAGGUAGAGUUGGCUGAGAAACUUAAUUAUGACCUUCAAACUCUCUCUGGAGAUGUUCACCUAAAGGCCUUAUAUAUACCUGAAAAUUCCAAAGAUCGUAUCCCAGGAGUAGUGCCAAUGCAGAUCCCAUCUCCAGAGAUGUUUGAGGACCUCAUCAAGUUUUCCUUCCAUACUGAUGUGUUUAAUAAGAACAUUGGUUACAUGCGAUUUGACAUGUUUGCUGACUGUGAUCUUCUUAGUCAAGUUUCACAUCUGCUUGUCGAGCAUGUCUGGAACAAGAUUGUCGGCACAGAUGCCUUAAUUGUUGAUAUGAGAUUCAACAUUGGAGGGCCCACCUCUUCCAUUCCAGCCAUUUGUUCAUAUUUCUUUGAUGAAGGGACACCUAUCCUUCUAGACAAGGUGUACAGUCGAGCAGCGAAUACCAUCACUGAUGUAUGGAGCCUCUCACAGCUUGCAGGUCCUUCUUAUGGGUCCAAAAAACCUCUAAUUAUCCUAACCAGUUCUGUGACUGAAGGAGCUGCUGAAGAAUUUGUGUACGUAAUGAAGCGACUGGGAAGGGCAAGUGUUGUCGGCGAGAAAACAAGUGGAGGAUGCCAUCCUCCACAGACAUACCAUGUAGAUGACACACUCCUGUACCUCAGCAUUCCGACUUCUCGCUCUAUUAGUGCAGAACCUGGAGCUUCUUGGGAAGGAAAAGGCCUGUUGCCAGAUAUCAAUGUUCCUUCAGAAACAGCAUUGCAAAAAGCAAGAGAAAUCCUGGAGUCGCAGCUCAGUGCUUAAUAUCUAGAAAGGACAUGUGCUUUAUUUAAAGAUUCCCACAAAAAGAUGGGGCAAUUCAUUCAUUAUGUAGAUUUUAGUAUGACAAUACCUAUAUACAGUAUGUACAUACAAACACGCACAUCCCUCUGUGCCGUACAAGACAUGUAUUAUGCACUGCCUUGACCGUCAUGUAGAUAUUCACGUGCACUCUGCUUUAACUAGACACACACUGCUAUGGACAGUGAUAUUCUUUAGUUAGAUAAUACUUUAACAGAACUAGAACAAUGGUGCAUCUUAAGGUUAUUUUUAUUUAGCAACAAUACCAUCGUUUUCAUUGUGUUAAGAGAGAGGAAACAUGCAAAAUAAGUGUUUGGUAUGCUAGCAUUACCAGUGCUCUGUCAUUAGCCUAAACCCAUAUUAUGUGUUCUUGGUAAAUUGUGACUUCCCAGAAUGUUUUUUAAAUAUUAUGUUUACUUAUUCCCUGUAUUUAACAAACACGUGUUUGUUAGGUUUGAAAAAUAAAAUUAAAAGUAGAAGUCCA